GCCCGCCCCUGCGCCCGCCCCCGCGCCCUCUGGCGGCGUGCACAAGCUGAAGAAGGCGUGGCUGCAGCGCCACUCCGGCGAGGACGCCGAAGACACGAGCGGCACCGUCGGCAGCGGCAGCUGCGUCACGCUCCCCAUCCCCCUCAACAAGACCCCCACGCCCGCCACCACCGCCGCCGCGACUGCCACGCCGGCGCAGCCCCCCGCCACCAGGCCCGUGUCCGCCAUCCCCAUCGGCUCCAUGGCCGUCAACAGCAUCAACCGCGGCACCAAGGAGAAGAAGGACAAGAAGGAGGACGAGAAGGCCGACAAGGACAAGGCCCACCCAAACGCCAAGGCCCCCCGGAAGGCGUCAAGAACGGACGCCGGGUCCGGGGGGUUGGCCGCGGGGUUGGCCGGGGCCGCGGCCGCGCUGGGCGGUUUAGCCAACGGGCACGGACCUGACGGCCCGCCCGGCCUGGCACACUCGUCGAGCUCGGAGGCCGAAGUGAAGGCGUCGCCGCCGCCGAGGCGCACCCCGAAGAAGGGACGCAAGAGCGCCGCGGCCAACCGGCGGCACGCGCGCAAGACGGCCACCGUCCGCUCCUACUCCGAGAGCGGCUCCGAGUCCGACAAGGAGUCCGGCACGGAGAAGGACAGCGACAGCGGCGCCAGCAACACGACCACCAGCACCAGCGCCAGCACCAAGAAGGGCGCGCAGUCGGGGGACUCGAACCAGGGCGCCAGCGCCGCCAGCGCCAAGGGCCGCAAGCGCGGCCGACGCCCCAAGUCAAAAAACGGGGAAGAUGAGGGUGGCAAAACGAAGCGCGCACGGGAGCCUUUUUUUAAGAAGCCGCCGGUCUCGCAACUGAAGCGGACCGGCGAGUCUUUUCUUCAGGACGGCGCGUGCUUCGAGGUGGCGCCCAAGCUGGCCAAGUGCCGCGAGUGCCGGUGGACCCCGCACCAGCGGUCCAAGAACAUGCCCAACAUCUUCUGUCGCUUCUACGCCUUCCGCAAGCUGCGCUUCACCAAGAACGGCCAGCUCGCCAUAGCGGGGUUCUCGAACCCCUUCAAAGACUGUUCAGAGGAUGAUCUCAGGCUGUGGGUCGCGCAGCCGGAGACCCCACCGGGUGGGUUGGAUGUGGAAAUGUCGCGUUUCCUCCUCACCCAGAUUGGUGAUCAAUUCUGUGAUUUACUUAUGGAAGAAGCAGAGGCACAAAGCAUGCACGUCGGGGACGCCGGCAAAAUCGCGUGGAAACGCGUGGUGCAAGGCGUUCGGGAGAUGUGCGAUGUAUGCGAGACGACGCUGUUUAAUUACCAUUGGGCCUGUGCCAAGUGUGGCUUUGUUGUUUGUUUGGAUUGUUAUAAGUGUACUGUUCCUGUAGAUCCAGAAUUAAUGUCUGAAACUGGAAGCGACAAGGAGAGAGAUUUUAGAGGAUGGCUGUUCUGCACAAAUAGACAAGCUCAUGAACAGUCAAAGCUCAUGCUUACUCAAAUUAUAGCCUCCGAUACAAUGAUGAAACUUGCCAAACGAGUGCACCAAGUGCGUGCUCUCUUUGGAAUUCCCCAGAACUGCGGAUGUCCGUUCAGUUUUGUCAAGCCAACCAAUGGAUUAAAUAAGGACUUACUACGGGUCUUAACUGAGUCGAAGCCUGUCAACGGCAUUGUCAAAACUGAACAGAAUGGGUGCAAGACAGAUGAAAGCAAGAACUCACCUCUCAACUGGCUUGCUGACCUAGCUCUGCAAGGGAAUGAUAAUAAGUCUGAGAAAGAUGUGAUCUCAAACCAAGUAGCACCUAAGGAAGAGGGACCUAAGGAGGUUGGAACCGGAGCUGGACCGUCUGGGCUAAAUGAGUUGAGGCACUUCAUUCGUCGUUAUAAAGAAGGACUGAUUAGAACCGACCUACCUUUAAGAAUAAUGACCCUUACUGAUAGUCAAGCCUUAUAUCCAGAGGUGAAACACAUAUGGCUUUGUGAUGGAAAACUCCUGAGACUUACGGAUCCAUUGAAUCCCUCAAAUUACCGCAUAUUCCAGGAUCAAUGGAGACGGGGACAACCUGUGAUAGUUAGUGAUGUUUCAAAGAUGCUGGAUAUGAAUCUCUGGCAUCCCGACUCAUUCAAUCAUGACUUUGGUGAUGAAAGAAAUGAUCUCGUUAACUGCCUGACUGGCAUUGUGGUUCCUAACCAACCCAUGAAGAAGUUUUGGGAGGGCUUUGAGCAAACCAGCAAGCGGCUCAAGGAUGAAAAGGGCAAUCCGAUGCUGUUGAAACUUAAAGACUGGCCGGCAGGAGAAGACUUUGCCGAGCAUAUGCCAACACGUUUUUCAGACUUGAUGGGGGUUCUUCCACUCUCUGAAUACACCCACCGCACUGGACGGCUGAACCUUGCAACAAGAUUACCUGAUUGCUUUGUGCGGCCAGAUCUGGGUCCGAAAAUGUACUCAGCAUAUGGCUCAGCUGCUGUCUCCAACAAGGGAACAACCAACUUACACCUUGAUGUGUCGGAUGCUGUAAAUGUGAUGGUUUACGUCGGAAUUCCUAAGGACAUUGACAGCGAUGAAUAUGUAAAAGAGGCCUACCGUGCUAUUGAUGAGGCUGGCUGUGACAUCCUCACUCGAAGAAGAGUACGAGAGCGAGGUGAACUACCAGGUGCUCUGUGGCACAUCUACAACCCUCGAGAUGCCGAUAAAAUCAGGGAUCUCCUCAACAAAGUGGCCAUGGAGCGAGGGCAACCUGUCUCCAUCCACCAUGACCCUGUUCAUGACCAGAGCUGGUAUCUGGACGGCCCAUUGCGCGAGCGUCUCUACAAGGAGUACCAAGUGGAAGGCUAUGCCAUUGUACAGUGCCUUGGAGACGCUGUCUUUGUACCUGCAGGGGCACCGCAUCAGGUUCGAAAUCUACACAACUGCAUCAAGGUUGCUGAGGACUUUGUGUCACCUGAAAACGUCUAUCAUUCCUUUCAUCUUACUGAAGAGCUUCGCACCUUGUCUGAUCCCAACACGCCUCAUGAAGAUAAACUUCAGAUCAAGAAUAUUAUUUACCACGCAGUAAAGGAUUCGCUUUCUGUGCUCAGCAAUGUGGCAGGCCUCAUGAUUGAGCCUGAAGGAUACGAACUACCUUUCUACGUGCCUCCUGUGAAACAGGAAAAAGACAAAGAGAAGGAAAAGGACAAAGAUAAAGAUAAAGAAAAUAAAGAUGAGGACAAAAAUAGUAAAGAUGAGGCUACUACCAAUGGAGAUGUCACUGUAAAGAAGGAACCAGAGUCAUAAAAAAUUGUAUUUGCGUGCGUGCGUUCUCAGAUCUAUUAUUGUUGUUAGGUAUUCAAUUUUAUCAUAAAAUAUUUUAAAUUCGUUGAAAUUAGAUUCUGUGUGACCUGUCCUAGGCUUUGCAUGUGAGUAUGUACCUUAGAUGGAGACAAUGUUGUAUUAUUUAUUUGUUAUGUUUUUCCCUGAGGUGAAGGGAGAGGUGUGCUGCCCAAUGCUAGCCAGGCUAAGCAUUCAAAGGGUGCCACAUCUAUCCAUUCCGUUAGCUGAUGUUCCCAGUAUCUGUCUGGAGAUAAGGUUAAUGAUCUCACUUUUUAUCUCUUGUUUAUGUUGUUCUGUGUUGUACUCUGACCUAAGGUCAGUUUGUUAGUAUUCAUUGUAUUUAAUUGGGCAAGUCCCAUUGAUGUCUAUUUUCUUUCAUUUGUGGUAUCUCAACCUUAUUGUUACCAGAAAUGGCAUAUUUGUGUUUAUCUGCUGUGUACAUUUCAUUAUUCCAUUUACUUUCUCUCCUUAUCAAAUAAAACUUUGUAUAUGUAGUUGUACAUAAGAAUCUUCAAGUUGUAUCAAUCUGUCAAAAUUAUUUAUUUAUGUUGUAAUUGAUUUUAAGUAGUGAAUUGAAUGAAGUGCCAAUAUGUGUGCUUACAUUAGAUGUCUCUGCUAGCUUUCAUUUCUUUUGUAAAUAAUGUUCCAUCAAAUCAUACCUGUCAUUUCAUCUGUAUUAUAUUCAAACAUGCAAUUUAUUUGAUUGAGUUGUAAAUUUUUGUUGUCAAAGCUUUCUGUGUAACCAAAGCCAUAUUGAAGUUAGAAAAUACUGUCUGUUUUAAUUAUAAGGUUUAAUGUUUUUUUUUCCUGUUUUUAUCAUUUUGUUAUCUGAUCUCAUGGGGAAGUAGUAGCCAGUAGUGUCUUAUCCCCAGCAUAAUACCAGUGCUAUGGCUUUUAAAAAGUACUAACGUCUUUUUGUUUACGUUCAGUUGAGUCAUUUUUUUCCUACGAAUGAAGUGAAUGAGCGCUUGAAGUCGUUUGAUUGUGAUGGUCGUUAGCAAGUCAAAAUAAGUUGUGUACAUUAAAAGUACAAGUUGUAUUUAAAGCUGAUUUUUUUUUCUUUUUUUUUACUAUGUAUGUGUUAGGAGGCAUGUAUUAAUAAGUAAAUCUUUAUUCUAUGGAAAUUUAA